GAAAUCAACCUAUAAAAAGUCUUGGUUUAUUUUUUAUUUAUUUCAAUUCCAAUAAUUAAAGAUGAAUGAUGACCUAGAACAAGCUCUACUCUUAGCCGCUGCAGAUGCCGAUUCUAGAAACUUCGAGGACCAAAAUUUGGAUGAAGUUGAUUCUGGAACUGUCGAAUGCAAGGAAGCAGAAUUUUACAAAAAUAUUACCGACACUUCUGAUGUAGGUAUUGAAAGAAAUACUAUUGAUGAAGAAUGUCAAGAUGCAAACGUUGGGAGUUCCAACAAUGAACUUUUUGAAGCAACAAAAAGGAAGCAUGUUGAAGUUGAUGAAGGAGCUGAUAUUGUGAAUGAGUCUUUGAAGGGUUAUGCCAAUGUAGUUGCUACUCACUACAACCAACUUGAAGAGAAGGGUUUAGAUGAACGGUCUAAGUCACGUAUUGUUUACCUGAGAAACUUUCACAAUUGGAUCAAAAGUAUGCUCAUAAAUGAGUAUUUAACAAAAAUAAAAGAUGGUAAAAAACACAAUGCUCCAGUUCGUGUCCAUGAUAUGUGUUGUGGCAAGGGAGGAGAUCUCCUGAAGUGGAAAAAAGGGAAUAUCUCCCACCUCAUAUGCAGUGAUAUUGCUUCAGUCUCACUUGAUCAAUGCAAAACAAGAUAUACAGACAUGAAAGGUAGAGCAUCCCGUGAAAGAGGGCCAGGAAAUAUUUACACCAUAGAGUACAUACCAGGAGACUGCUCUAGGACUAGACUACGUGAGAAAUAUUCUGACCCUUCCAUGAAACUUGAUCUAGUCAGCUGCCAGUUUGCAUUUCAUUAUAGUUUUGAGAGUUUGCCCCAGGCUGAAUGUAUGUUGAGAAAUGCCUCAGACUGCCUUCAACCAGGAGGAUACUUUAUUGGGACUAUUCCUGAUGCUUAUGAUCUCAUUGCUCGUGCUAGAAGAUGUGGAGGUAAUUCUUAUGGAAACAAAGUGUACAGAGUGUCUCUGGACUUUGACACAAACAAGCCUCCACUAUUUGGUGCUAAAUAUAACUUCCAUUUAGAUGGUGUAGUAGACUGUCCUGAGUUUCUAGUACACUUUCCAACUUUAGUUAAGCUUGCAAAGAAGUUUGGCUUGAAACUUGUAAGACAGGAAAAGUUUUGUGAUUUUUUUGAAAGGAUGAAGAUGGAAGGAAGGAAUUUGAUGAAUAAUAUGAGAGGGCUGGAGGCUUAUCCGCCUCCUGAUGCUGUUACUCCAGUUGGAAUUGAUCCAAAUGAUUAUGUGCAUGCUAAGGAGUACAUUAAAGCUUCUGGAGAUAACAAUGGGAGGAUUGGAACUCUGUCAAAGUCUGAAUGGGAAGCAUCAUCUUUAUACAUGGCUUUUGUUUUUGAGAAAGUGAAGAACACAUGGAAUGCAGAUGGGGCACCAAUUUAUGAUAUUUAAAAGUAAUUAUCAACAAUAUUAUUUUAAAACUCUAUUUAUGGAAUGGUGGAUUGUAUGUAAUUGAGGAACAAAUAUUUUUACAAAUAUAUCAAUAGUUGCUAAUUAAUUCAAUAGAUGAUUCACAUCACAAAAAAUACAAUAAAAUGUUUGAUGGAUCUGUCUU